AUGAGAGUCCUAAACCUCUUAAGCAACUCCUUUUGAUGCUCAGCAUAUGGGGAACGCCUAGUUUCGGUUGCGAGAGAUGGCGACCUCGUAGAAGCCAAGACUUUGCUGGAAUGCAAUCCGCGCCUCGUGAGGUACUCCACUCUCAGUGUUCACAACUCCCCUCUCCAUUAUGCUGCUGCUCAGGGCCACCAUGAGAUUGUUUCUCUAUUGCUCGAGUCCAGGGUGGAUAUUAAUCUGAGGAAUUACCGUGGUCAGACAGCUUUGAUGCAAGCUUGCCAGUAUGGUCACUGGGAAGUUGUUCAGACUCUAAUUCUUUCUAGAGCUGAUAUUCACAGAGCGGACUAUGUCAAUGGGGGCACUGCACUACACUUUGCUGCAUUAAAUGGCCAUUCUCUGUGCAUCCGCCUCCUCCUUGUAGAUUAUAUACCAAGUAUGCAAGAUCUUUUCAAUGUCAUGAGGGGAAAAUCAGAAAACUUGGAGUCUAUUGCGGAGUUUGAUCAAAGGUUCUUCCCUUUUAAGUCUCUUUCACCCUAGGAUUUUCUUUUUCUUUUUACCCGUGUCUUACUUAUGCUACUCUGUAUUGCUUGCUCGAGUGCCCUUUAUGAGGUCGUCAACAGGGCUGCUGAUGGGGGCAUAACUGCUCUGCACAUGGCUUCGCUUAAUGGCCACUUUGAAAGCGUGCAACUUCUCUUGGACUUUGGAGCUUCUCUUUCUGCUGUUACUGAGGAUGAUGGAACUACCAUGGACCUUAUAGGUGCUGGAAGUACUCCCCUUCAUUAUGCUGCAUGUGGUGGAAAUGAACAAUGUUGUCAGAUCCUGAUAGGCCAUGGCGCGAGUCUUACUGCUGUAAACAGUAACGGUCGGACUCCUUUGAUGAUUGCUCGCUCAUGGCACAGAAAUUGGCUCAAGGAAAUCCUUAGCGGACAACCAGAUGGUCUGCUACAAACUCAUCCUUCGCCUUACAUAUCUCUUCCUCUGAUGAGCAUUGUCAACAUUGCUAGAGAAUGUGGAUGGAAAAGCAGCAAUUUGCACACAUCAUACCAAGAAACCUGCGUGGUUUGCCUAGAGAGGAUGUGCUCUGUGGCUGCAGAAGGUUGUGGUCAUCAGUUCUGCACUAGGUGUGCCCUGUACUUGUGUUCUACUACGAGCUGUUCCGUCAUUGUUCACGGUUCUCCGGGCUCUAUUGCAUGUCCCCUCUGCCGGCACGGCAUUGUCUCGUUUGUUAAGCUUCCAGGGACAAGGCCGGUUGAUAAGGAGAUCACGAAUGUGAGCCCAUCUCUUGCCUUCUGCACAUGUUAUGGAGCUGGGCCCGAGACAACUUUCUUGGAAAACCGAUAUCGCAAGCCAACUUUCCAUGGCAUGCGAAUCUCGCUGCUGAGAUCAUCUUUCCGUGUCUUGAGAUUUCGCAAAUUAUAUUCAACGAAAAUAAACCCGAGACUUUGCUUGGGAGCUCCAAGCACAAGUCCUCUAGUUCCUUUCUCUAUUGAUAGGAAACUGCGGAAUCACCUAAGGAGGUGCUGGAGAUUGGCCUUAAGACAAUCAGGUUAUGAUCGGCGAGCCGAAGAACGUGGUUUUUGGCAUUCAGUCAGUAUGUAGCUACUACAGAAUAGUGGAUGCUGGAAGUUCCAGGGCAAUCUUUUAUUUUCCAAUUAAAGUACAGUAAAGCAUAUAAAGAAUGCCCAGUAUAUAAGGCUCUUCUCACUUUCUUUACCUGUCGAUCAGAUUUUGCUUGAGA